AUGAGGGUGUCCAAAUCGUUUAGGCAGAUUGAUAGAAGCUACAAGAGCGCGAUUGAAUUGCUCAAUAGCCGUCGCCGUUCACAACGCCCAGACGCCAAUUUGAAGACCAAAGGAGACGAUGCUCAGCAUGCCACGAAUACACCUCCAACGCCCGGCUUAAAGGGCACCCCGAGCAUUGUUGGGAUGGAAAAUUGGUUAUUGAAGAUCGGCCACUCGCCGACAGACAUCGACAAGCUCAACAUAAUUCAUGUGGCAGGGACAAAAGGAAAAGGAAGCACUUGUGCAUUCACCGAGUCAUUUCUACGAACCUUUGGGCAAAGAACAGGUUUUCCUAAGAAAACAGGACUCUACACUUCCCCUCAUUUGAUGUUCCCUGAAGAGCGUAUUCGCAUCAACUUCCAACCACUUGCGCGAGAUCUUUUUGCAAAAUACUUUUUCGAAGUAUGGAAUGCACUUUCAUCGGAUGCGCGUGCUAACAUCCCUCGCACCCUUCAGCUCUUUGCACUCAUGGCAUUCCACGUCUUUAUCAGAGAAGGGGUGGAGGCUGCCAUCAUCGAAACGCACCACGGAGGUGAAUAUGACGCUACAAACUUUAUACACAACCCUGUUGUAACAGCCAUCACUACCCUUGGAAUGGACCAUGUUAAACAACUGGGGCCAACACUUGGCAAUAUUGCAUGGCACAAAGCUGGUAUCAUGAAGCGUGGUGCCCCGCUGAUUUCGGCCCCGCAGGAGCCUACGGCUGUAGAUGUUAUUCGAGAGCGGGCGUUGGAAAAGGGGGUUGAUGUAUAUUUUGCAGCUUCAAGUCUGGAACUCCCUUCAGAAGCCGUGCAGUUGCGGCUAGAUGUGCAGCGAACAAACAGCUCCGUGGCUUUAGUAGCUGCUCGCCGGUUUUUGGAAGCUAGGGCCCGCAAGAAUACUCUACCACUGGGCGCCGCUGAUAUUAAGAGUGCCAUUGAUCAGUUCUCUUGGCCUGGGCGUUUCCAGUAUAUUCAACAGGGGCCCUACCGUUGGUACUUAGACGGCGCACAUAACGAGAUGAGUGUUGAUAAAGCAGCAGAGUGGUAUAUUCAAGGCUCAAAGGGCUCCAAGCCCUCCACCCGUGUACUCAUCUUUAGCCAGGCAUCGGAGGCGAGAAAUGCCACCGAAGUUCUAGAUCAGCUUGCCACUGCACUUCGCGACGUAGCAAUUGACCACGUCAUCUUCACGACCUACUCACCAGAUCAGGAUCUUGAUUUUGGAUCAGCCCCCGUCUUAAAGCCUGGUCACAGUGACAAGAGCCAGGCGUUUGGUGAGAUCUGGAAGAAGAUCCAUGGUACGACGAAGGUGCAUUACGAAGCCGAUGUUCCAACAGCAUUGGAUGUUGCCAGGCAGAUCGGUGCUAAAUCUGAAGAGGUGCAUACCCUCAUCACAGGAAGCCAGUACUUGGUGGGGGCUGCUCUGUACAGUCUACAAAAAUGA